AUGUCUUCCCUAAAACAACACCUCCCGUGGACGACCACCCCCCUCAUCAUCAAUGCCCCCAUGGCCGGUUUCGCAGGCGGCAAAAUCGCCUCAGCCGUCACACUAUCCGGCGGCCUCGGUAUGAUCGGCAGCGCCUUCAGCAUGACCGAAGUACGCAAAGAACUCUCUAUCGCAGCCUCGGUCUUCAAUAACAAUCCCGUGCCCACAUUGUCGAACACACUACCCAUUGGCCUGGGUUUCCUGCCCUUUGUGCUCAACAUGUCCGACGCACUACCCGUCAUCGAAGAGUUCAAGCCAGCGGUUGUCUGGCUGUUUGUUCCAAAGUCGCUGGACGACUACGCGAAAUGGGUACCUGCAAUACGCGAGGUUUCUCCUGAAAGCAAGAUUUGGAUCCAGCUGGGGAGUGUGGCUGCUGCGGUGUAUGUGGCGAGGAUUGCGCGGCCAGAUGUGCUAUGUUUGCAGGGCGCGGACGCGGGGGGCCAUGGGUUUGAAAAGGGUGCUUCUAUUAUCUCGCUGUUGCCAGAGGCGUCGGAUGCACUUGCUGCUGAAGGGUUUUCUCAUAUUCCACUGGUUGCUUCGGGGGGUGUGGUAGAUGGUCGGGGUGUUGCUGCUGCGCUGACACUUGGGGCGCAGGGCGUGGUAAUGGGGACGCGGUUUUUGGCCUCGAAGGAGAUUAAUUUGCAUCCAAACUACCAGGCUGCGGUGGUCGAGGCGCAGGAUGGUGGUCAGGUGACUGCAAGGUCAAAGUUGUUUGACCAGCUGCGCGGUCCGAACAUCUGGCCUGAGUUGUACGAUGGACGGGCGUUGGUGGCGCAGAGUCAUAGGGAUCAUGAAGACGGCGUGGCGUUGGAAGAGAUACAGAGACGGCAUAAUGAAGCUAUAAAGGAGGAGGAUAGAGGGUUCAAGACGGGCUUGCAAGGGCGUGCGGCGAUCUGGGCGGGUACGGGUGUGGGACUGGUGAGGCAGGUGGAGAGCGCAAAGGAUAUUCUGGAGAGCGUACGAGAGCAAGCGAGGAGCAUCUUGCUCAAUGCAACGAAAUGGUAA